UCGAGGUGCCAGUGUUUUUUGGAUUUGUGCUUUGGGGAAGUGAUUUUAAAAAAUGGCCAAUUGGAGUGUAGUGGUGGUGGUGCUUGGUGUGCUGGCCGUGACGUCUGCGGAGGUUCGCUUUCACCUGAACGAACAGAACGAGGUGCUCGGCGAGGCCAGGCCCUUCUUCAAAGGGUCUCGCAUCGUCGGAGGAGGCGUUGCCGUCGCGGGACAGUUUCCGUUCCAAGUGGGACUACUCCGGUCAGGCUCGUUGUACUGCGGCGGUUCGCUGAUCGAGAGCCGCUGGGUCCUGACGGCGGCACACUGCGUCUACAGUGGUGGAACGAUUGUUCCAGCGUCGUCGAUCACCGUUCUUGCCGGCACGGUUAACCUAAACUCCGGCGUUCGGCGCGCCGUGGCCAGAGUGUUGCCCCACGAACGGUACGGUAACUUCCAGAACGAUAUCGCCCUACUUCAGCUCCAACUGGCGCUGCCCAGCUCCGCUUCGGUUCGUCCCAUCGCGCUCCGAUUGACGUCGGUUCCGGCGAGAAGUGAGGUGACCAUUUCCGGCUGGGGUCGCACCUAUCAGGGCGGUCCAGCGUCCAGCGUGCUGCGCUACAACCGCGCCACGGUUAUGAGUGACCAACAGUGUCGGUUGGCGACCGGAAUCUCCACCGGACUGAUCUGUUUCACGUCACCAGUAAAUAAUGGCGCAUGCAACGGUGAUUCCGGGGGUCCAGCGGUCCUGAACAACCAGCUCGUUGGGGUGGCCAACUUUAUCAUCAACUACUGCGGAUCGACCAGCCCGGACGGGUACGCCAAGGUGUCCGACUUCGUGCCCUGGAUACAGGCCACUAUGCGCAGAUAUUAAUCAUCACCAAACACCGACGCGAAGGGAUCCGUUUUCACCGGGAAAUUGGAUCCCCCGUCCGGCGUAGCGAAGGAAACCCCACCGGUUUUAUCACGUGAAGAUCGUAUUUAAAUUCAAAAUUCAUCUUAUUAUACACACGGGCUGUGCGAAGGUGUGUAAUUUCUCAUCUUUUAGCUGAUUUCCCCCGAAUAAAGAAAAUUUAUUUUUGCACUUUGGA